UAAGAUAACAUUUGAAGACCUUUCAAACAAUGAAGAAGAUAACUUUGUAGCAAGUAGAGAGCUGCUAAUGGAGGAUAUCGUUCAGGGAAUUGUGCCGUACAUGGGAACUUUCUUGACAGAAUUUUCAGCGCUGGAUUCGGCUUUCCCGAAUUACCAUUCAAAUGGCUUGAUCAACUUUGACAAGAGACAAAAAGAAUAUGAAAUAAUUUUGGGUAUCAAAUCCCUGCAGUUUGCUUGCUCAUCUUACACCCUUCGUCCAAACGAGAAUUUUCUAGACUUGUUCUUUAUGCAACAAUACUUAAGUGAGGAUAGCGAGUACGUAACUGGUAUUGUAGGAGUGUGCAGCUCCUCUGAACUCGAGAAACCGCCAAAGCCCAAAAAGAGUGUGUUUAAACGCCUCAGCUGCCUGUUUUCAAAGAGAGGUGUUAAAAUACACAACACUCAAACUAAAAGCUCUGAGCAGCGAGCAUCCCUUCAGAAUGAGGAUUCAGACGACAGCAUUACCGCAGCCAGCAUUUUAUCCGAUUCCAGCCACUUGGAAAUGGAAGAGCCGAGCACUUCGCAAAAAGCGCCGGAAAAGUCAUUAAGAUCCGUGGAUACUGCCUCCUCUGGAGGUUUAUCCAACAGUGGUGCACCAGCAAAAUCAAAUUAUGACAAAGCCAAGUCUCGUAGGCGUGCGGGUUUGGGCAGCUGCUGGUGUGCAACACGUCGGAGGGACAACCGCCAGAAUGAGAAAAGCUGCCUCAUCCGAGUCAGAUUAGAGGAGGACAGAGCACAAGAAUUCAAAACUAUUUUGGUGACUAAUCAAGAUCGUGUAUCUGAAGUUCUCAACAAAGCCAUGACCGCGCUCAAAUUUGAACCCGAGCGUCCUCAGCAAUUUGAUCUAGCACAGAUCAUUGAAUCAAAUAAAGUGCUCAUACUUCCGGCCGAUGCCAUCCUGUAUUACGCAAUGAACAAGAAAAUGAAUCACGACUUCAUCCUGAGAUUCACCGAACGAAGAUCUUCAUGUCUAUGCAAGUUUUAGCUGCAAUGUUUGAGCCUCCUUCCCAAUGUGAAUCAAUGAGCUCUGGUGAGGAAGGGCUUUAGAGAGCUCACCGCCCUGAUUUUUGAGAGGUCGUAUGUAUUUUAUUUCCUUCUCCUCCUGUAAAUCGCUUGGUGCUCGACAUAGGAUUCACUAAUUAGACAUUUACACAUAACCACUUUAAAAUUAAAAUGGUUCAACAUCGAGGCUAUGCCAACAAUACCAGCCACAGGUAGAAGAGAAAAUCAUCUGAGUUCUUUGUCUAAGUUUGUUUCUAAAAAUAGU